AACCAUCAUGAUCCGAGGAAACGAUCCCCAGAAGAGGCUCUAAGAAGAAAACAGCCAUGGCGAGGUCAAAGGCGAGGGUGUACACUUGUUGCGCGCUGCUGCUGCUCUGCUUGGUUGCUAUAAUUGUGUGUAUCGCUGUAUUUGUGAGGCGCAAGUGCCCAGGUGACACAUUCUCAAACGCUGCUGUGGCCGCAGAUUCUGGAAAAUGUUCAGAGAUUGGACGAGACAUCCUUCAGAGAGGAGGCUCAGCGGUAGAUGGCGCCAUUGCUGCGCUCCUGUGCACCUCCAUCAUGAACCCGCAGAGUAUGGGCAUCGGUGGGGGGUCCAUAUUCACAGUGAUGGACAGCUCUGGCAAAGUGAAAGUCAUCAACUCCAGAGAGACUGCACCCACAAAGAUGAAGCCUGACCUGCUGAAGUUAUGCGGCCAACCCUUACAGAUGACAGAAGAAGGUAGCCAGUGGAUUGGGGUCCCAGGGGAAAUUCGGGGUUAUGAAGAGGCCCACAGGCUUUAUGGGAAGUUGCCAUGGGCCACUCUCUUCCAGCCAACCAUCCAACUGGCCAGAAAAGGGUUCCCUGUUCCUCCAAUCCAAGGUCGAUACGUCGCUCACAUUGAUGCAAACAAGACCCGGUCACUAGGGAAGUUAUUUUCAGAUAAAAAUGGGAACUUGCUUAAGGUCGGUGAUACAGUGAAAUUUGAGAAACUGGCUGACACUUUGGAGCUGAUUGCAAAUCACGGGGCAGACGCCUUUUACACUGGAAGAAUAGCAGAGGAUUUAAUCCGUGAAAUACAGGAGGCAGGAGGAACGCUCACGCUGCAGGACUUGGCAUCGUACAGAGCUACAGUGACUGAUGCGUGGGCUGUUCCUUUGGGAGAGUACCAGAUGUACAUACCCCCACCCCCUGCAGGAGGAAUCAUCCUCAGCCUCAUCCUCAACAUCAUGAAAGGAUAUCACUUGAGUUCAACAUCUCUCACUGGUGAACAAAAGAAGCUGGUUUAUCACUACUAUGUUGAAGCUUUUAAAUUUGCCAAUGGAUUAAAGAAACACAUCCGGGAUCCACAGUUCAACUCAGAAGAAAUGCCACAGAAAUUCAAAAAGGAUAGCUUUGCAAACCACAUACGGAGCUUGAUCAGCAGCGACAAGACUCACGAUCCCCAGUACUACAACAUCACACCGCACCUGGACAGUAUGGGCACCACACAUGUGUCUGUGCUUGCUGAAGAUGGAUCCGCUGUGUCCGUCACCAGCACCAUCAACUACAUAUUUGGCUCCAAGAUUUUCUCCCCGAGCACUGGAGUCAUCCUCAACAACCAGCUGUCCGACUUCUGUGGGAGAGUUGAGAGAAUUAAUCCUGGGGAGCGGCCUCCUUCCUCUAUGGCUCCCGCUGUGCUGAAGUCUCAGCUGAAGACGCUGGUGAUUGGAUCGACUGGUGGGAGUAUGAUCACGACUGGGAUAGCCUCAACACUCAUGAACCACCUUUGGUUUGGAAAGAGCCUUAAGGAGGCGAUUGCUACUCCGGUUGUUUUUGUCGACUCUAAAAAUGCAGUUAAAUUUGAACCCGGCUUUGAUAAGGAUGUAAUAGAGGCUCUUAAAGCUCUGGGACACAAUCAGCAAACAGGACAGAAAUUCUACAACGUGGUGAACGCUGUGGAGAAGGAGGGCGGCUGUAUCUGUGCAGUGUCAGACGCCAGGAAAUUGGGUAAAGCAGCCGGUUACUGAGACCAAGAGUCAGUAGUGGUUUUUAUACAUGAUGCACCUGAAUGUUACAGAGACCUUCCUGCGGCCACAAAACCACAAAACCUGCAGCAGAUGGUGUCUAUCCUGCUGGAAAAAUCAUUGACAAGACGCUGAAUAACAGGCUUUUUCUGCUGAACACCUGCGGUAACAUGUCGCAGUCGAACACAUGGUCUAUGACCAGAACUGACUGAAACGAUGACAUGAUGGAUUUUGUUGCACAAGAAGAAACAACAGCUCUUAUCUGUGACUGUCGCUGACAUCCUCUGAAUCCUCUGUUCAGCUUGUAGACAUUUUUAUCUCGUUUCUGCCACUAUUGCCAUUUCUUACAUGUUUCUGUUGUAGAAUAGGGAAGAAUUCUAGUGCUGUUUAUUCAUUCCAUCACAUAAGUAACUUGAUAAAACAUUUAUGUUAAUAUGUCAUAUGCAAAACAGGAGAUUUUUAUCAAUUAAUAAGUGGUUUGUGUCUGGUAUUAUUUGGUAUUCACACCCUUAUUACUGGAGGGUUUUUUUCCCCCUUUUUAGCUUGACUGUGCAUACAGUGAAUGAAAUAUGGGCAUUGUUUGUAUUAUUCAAAUGAAAUAUACCCCCCACCCCCCCGUUUUUUAAAUAUGUUUUGUGUAUAACAAUGAAAUACUGUGGUAGAACAUCUGAAUACAUCUCAAAAUAUGCUUUUCGGAUGCAGUUUAUAUAGAAAAAUGUCCUAGAUGUCUAUAUUUAGAAGGGCAACUAUCACAACCUGGGUAAAACAGGUUUGUUUUUUUGAAUAUAUUACUUAAUACAUUUUAUAGAAAUGCUGAUAAUCUGUGCCAUUUUUAAACCACUCUGUAUAACACAAGAUAGAAAGUGCCUAAAACUUUAUGUGUCUUUUGCAGUUAAGAUGUUUAGUGACAAAGUCGGGGGGAAAAAUAUAAUAACAGGUUAAGGGGACAAAGACUUUAAUAGAUAAAUAGAAAAGAACAUAUAAUAAACAAAAAGACAAAAAUAAACAACUUGUGAUGACGGUCUAGGUUUGAAAUACAGCCAGUUAUUGAAAGCCUUUUCUUGAAUGCAUCAACGUGGCCCACAGCUGGCCGGGCAAUCCCUCUAACCUCAGGUCACUGCCAUUGAAAUCUGCUCUGUAAAGCCAGUCCUCUGUGCCAAACUAUAUUCAGAGCAGUCUGUGUGACUUCACUGUGCUAUUUUUCAUAAAUUAUUUUUCACUUUUGUGCCGAGGCAUGAAGCAGCUGGAGCAGGAUAGUCACAUCCAGUGGUGACUCAUACAAACACGGGAGCAGUGUCCUAAGUGAAAGUUUGAUGCACUUUCUGUCGGCUCAAAGGCCUACACCUCACAAUCAAUGUCCACAUUACCAUAGAGGAAACUGUUAUUUUACUCAUAAUACAGGGAAAUAAAUCAAUCCUGAAAGGAAAAGGUCAAAUGAUAAGCUCUUGGUGGUUUUUAGGGUGGGCUGUGUUGCCCUGUCACAUGGUAUUUGGACCUCAGGGGGUGUGACAGUCACACUGUGCCCUGACCUUAUAGGAGCCACCUGUUGCAAAUGCCACAUUACCAUGUCUGGCAGCAGGAACAAAAGGUUGCCAGGAGAGGAUCAUGGGUAGGGCCUCAUGCGAUGACCACCCUGGCUUUCCCUGGCAAGCAGCGGUGGCUCAGGCAUUUCCCUGACAGCACACAGCGACACAGAUGAUCCACUGGCUCAGAAACAAGCGCAACACUCCAACAACCAAUCCCGACCAGCGCGGUCCAAGCUGAUUUCUUUUAUUGCCCUAUUUGCAGACUAAUCUGCAUAAAUAAAUCCUCAGUUUUGCUUCUGUGAGCAGCUGCGGGUUCAACUGGUGACCCAGAUGUUGCCACCUUUCAUUGCGCUCUAUCUAUCUUGUAGAAAUAGUCCAAAUAAACCAGAAAUCACUUCUCA